AUGUCGAAUUAAGAUCUUAAUAUAUUUCCUCAUCUAAAAAUAAAUGUGCCUUCAUUCCUUUUGAAAACCUAUGAAAUUUUGGAGGUACAACAUAUAAAAUAAUCUUUAGAAUGAUUCAUUAAGUGAUUUAAUAUCAUGGAACAAAGAAGGAACUUCAUUUAUUGUAUACAAUCCAAGUGAAUUGUCUUCAAAGGUGUUAGCAAAUUAUUUCAAACAUAAAAACUAUCCUAGCUUUCUUAGGUAUUUAUAAAGUAAUGUAGAUAACUAAAUAUGUAUAAUUUUAAAAAGACAAGGAAUUAGUUCGGGUAAAGUGAAUUCCGUCACAAAUGGUUUAGAAGAGGUUUAAAGUAAUAUUUUGAUUUUAUUUUAAGAAGUAUGUUGUAGUAUAUAAGAAGAAGAAAUUAAGAAGAGUCAGAUCUAAAAAUAGAAACUAAAGAAAGCAGUUAAGAACUUGAUAAUUAUAAAAGAGAACAUGACAAUAUAAAAUAAAUAGUUAAAGACAUCUAAGAAACUUAAUUAAAAAUAUAGAAAGAUUUGAAUUUUCAAUUGGAACAAUCCGCAUCCUUAACUCGUUAAAAUUAGAACACUUUAUAAGUAAAUUACUUUAAUUAUUUAGGCAAUUAAUUUAACUUAAUAAUAAUUCAAUUAAAAGUAUGAUUAUGUGACAGUCAUGUUAAGCAGUGCAAUCAAUAAUCUACCAAGUUUGUGUAAUAUAUAAAAAUUAAAUUUUAGUAUUUAAUUUUAGAGAAAUUAUCAAAUAUUGUUAAGAAGAGACAAAGUAAAAUUUUUGUCUUGAGAAUAGAAUUGCAACAAAUGGAACUUAGAACUUUUAAUACAAUUAAUUACAUUAUUAUCCUUAGAGAUCAAAUUCUUGUAAAUUUUAAAUUAAUUUAAGUUUAUUAUUAUCAGAAUGAUCCAAAAUAAUAUUUAUAUAGAAAAGGAAGCCCCCUUGCUUUAACAGCUCCAACAUAGAAUAAUUACUUAUGUAAAAUAUUUAUUUAUGAUAGCACCAUAACAUAACUAUUCACAAUAAUCUAGCCAACAAAAUUCUCCUUAUAGAAUAUAGAAUAUGCAAAUGUCUCCAUAUUCUUUAGAUUAAAUAAAUUAGAUUUAAAAUUUAUACCAAUAAGUAUGA